AUGACACAACCUCUCCAGGAACCUGUUCCGCUGUUUUACUGGUUAGAAACAGAGUUGUUCUCCACAAACAAGCAAAUGAAUGAGAAGAUUGAGGAAGAGAAGGUGGUAAUCAAAGACCUCUCUGACAGACUAAGGAAUAGUGAAAAAACCUGCAGAGAAUUACAGAAGGAGCUUGCAAUGGCCAAGAAACACCAGGUCUUUCUAACAGAGACGUAUGAAAACAACAUGAGAGAGCUGGAGUUACUCUUGGACAGCUUUGCUAUGUCAGGCCAGCGGACAGCAGGCACUUGUAAGGACAAAGAAAAACCUCCAAGCCUCUCUGUCCUUGAUACUUUGAGGUGUACAUUGACAGCUUACCAGAACAAGCUGGAAGAUAUGUCUAAUGAGCUUAGGAAAAUGAAGGCUUUAUGUGAAAAAAUUACAAAAGAACUUGAGAUCUCCAAAGAGGAAAUGUGUACUUUAAGACAAGACUUUAAGGAAGCUCGGGAUAACCUGGCUGAUGCCAAUGAAGAGUUAAAUCAUCUGCAAACUAAGUGUGCAGACAGAGGGACUUUAAUAGAAACGUUAAAAAUGGAACUACAGAAUGUACAACAGUGCUGGGAGAAAGAAAAAGUACAUGCCACAGAAUCUGAGAAUGAAAUCCAGAAUCUUACCAGGGCUUACCAGAAGGAUACGAAGGAGAAGCUAACCUUCCUCCAUAGCUUAUACCAGCGUUUGGUAGCAGGCUGUGUGCUUAUAAAACAACCAGAAGGCAUCCUGGAUAGAUUCUCCUGGUCUGAGCUUGGUGCAGUCUUGCAGGAGAAUGUUGAUGCCCUGAUCUUAGACCUCAACAGGGCUAAUGAGAAGAUAUCUCACCUAGAAUAUGUUUGUAAGAACAACACCGAUAGUAUGAAGCAGCUUCAGCAGAGCCAGGAAGAUGCUUUUAGCAAAAUGGCUGAACAGAUGAAAGCAGAGGAAAGCUGUUGGCAGAAACAAAAAAAGUAUCUGGAACAGCACUACUCACGUCUCCUUGGGGAAGUUCAUGCAAGGGCACAGGAAUACCAAGAAACAGCAGAGAAGAGCAAGGAAAAAAUCUGUGUCCUUGAAAAAAGACAAGAGAAAUUGGCCCUUGAAAAUAUUUAUGUGAAAAACGCGUUAAUGCAGGUUCAGAAGGAGCAUUCUUCUCUCUUGGCAGCUUGUGCACUAUUGGCAGGUGCCCUGUAUCCUCUGUAUGGCCGAUCAUGUGCUAUGUCUUCCCAAAGAGACUUUCUGCAGGAUCAGGUCUACAUUUAUGAGUUAGUGAAACAGAAGAUUAGGACCCUAGUUCAUGCUUUCUCUAGUCUGGAGGAAAACAAUCAAGAUGAAGCAAAACUGAAGAAAAGAAAAUUCAAAAGCCUGAUACAUAUAUUCCGAAGAGGCGUGAUUGCAGUUUUGGCAGCUAACAGACUUAAAAUUUUAGCCCAGACUUCUGGUUCCCUGUUCUCCUGGGUAAAUGGCUUCAAAGAAGGCAUUCAGAUUCUAGUUUGUAUAGGAGAAUCCGAAGGCAAGCGUAAUCUGUCAAGUCGUGAAGAGGAACAAAUUCACUGUGUUGAAGCAGUCAGCUGGUUUACUAGUUCUAACCUCCUUGCUGCAAUAAUCAGUUCUGUCACUGAAUUACAGGAUGUUAUUCACAAAACAGAUCCACAGCCCUGUCUUUCUCGACACUCACUUGUAAGUGCAGCCAGGAACUCCUUUUCAAAACUUAUGGACAAGCUGAAUGUAAUAAUGGGGAAUGUUCCGUUGGACAGGAGCAGGAACAGUACUUAUCUAGAGAAAGACUCCUUGGUACAGAGGCUGGCUCAUGGACUUCAUAAAAUAAAUACUCAGGCCCUGGAAGCUGGAUUGUGUGACAGACUACCCAUUAUGAAAAGUAUAGAAUUCCUGCAGAAGCAAAUAUUGGAAUUUGCACAAAGACUUCACACAGCAGAGGUGGAACGUCGCUCACUGCGACUAAAAUUUGCAGAAUUCAAAUGGAGUAUCAAUGAGAUGGAAAAAGAAGCUGACAAAGCCCAGAGCCUGCAAGAGCAAUUAAAUAUCAUUAAGCAAUCUACAUCGAUCACCCGUGAGAGGCUUGAAAAUACAUGUGAAGGAUUGAAUGAACAGGUGCAACAGCUACAGGAGUUACAUGAUAAACUAGAAUCGCACUUCAGUGAAGAUGCAGAUAAAAACAAAGUCUUAAGUGAAGCUGUAGAGAGACUCUGUGAGGCAAAGACAGAGCUGAGAAGAAAAGAUCAAUCUCUGCGCCAGCUCAAUAGACUUCUUACCCAGCUGGAGCAGGACAAGUGUCGGCUGAAAGAGAGCAUCCAUGAUGCAGAGAGUGCCCUCUGCAUGGCAGCGAAAGACAAAGAAUUUAUUGUUAGUAAUAUGAAAUCUGUGGAAGCCACUUUUCAUAAG